AUGUUAGGGGAAUCAGACGGUGAGAUGAGUUUAGAGACGAUUAUUCUCCGAUUAGAAGCAGAACGGGGAGUUGUAGCCGUUUCAGCCUUCGACGCGCCACCGCCAAUUAUCCCAGAGGAAUCUCUCAAACCUCACCGUUCCUCCGAUUUCGCUUACUCAAAUAUACACGACCUAACCUAUGUCAUCUCGUUGGAGGAGACGAAGAAGAAGAUAAAACCGGAAGUUGUAUUUCGCCAUGAAAGUGGUUGA